GAAAAAGACAACAACGAAGUGCGUCUGUAACGCAAGCUAAGUUCGAGCAGUUUAACAGUAAAGUCUUCUUUAAUCCUUGUUUAGUGCUUGAAAGUAUCCUGGCUUGGUAGUCAAGCUUGAUAACUGCCUGCAAAAAUGAGCGAUGAUAAGUUUCGAGACGUCGUUGCUACCUGGGAUAUCGCCCUCGCCGACGGCAAACAUAGAAUUCAGUUUGAACACGGUACCACCACUGGAAAGCGAGUGAUCUUAGUUGAUAAUGUAGAGGUUGUACGGAAUAAUUGGAUGUUUAGACUUGUGGGAAAGGAGAGUUUUAAUGUCGGCGGCAAAAGAGCAACGAUUCACAUCGAAGCUGUCAGUGGGUUUCAGUACGAAUACACUCUGGAAAUUGAUGGAAAACCGCUCAAAAAGUUCGUGGAAAAUCGCAAGAAAACUGCGAAAGUGUGGACGUUUCUUUUAGAUGGAGUAGAAACGCGAAUGGUACUAGAGAAAGACACCAUGGAAGUGUGGGUGAAUGGAGUUGUCGUGGAAACUGCUGGUGAAUUUGUCGAUGAUGGAACAGAAACUCACUUUGAGUGGGGGAAGCACACAUGUUACAUCAAAGCCAUCAGCUCAGGCAGGAAAAAAGAUGGAAUUAUUCACUCACUUAUUAUAGAUGGCAAUGAAAUACCCGAGGCAGUUGAUGAAUGAACUGUUUAUACAUAGAAGUCUCACACAGUAAAUUUCAUUUGUCUGGAAAAAAUAGUCAUCGUAAGUUUAUUUUAAUAACACUUUUUUGUGUGUUCGGUAAAUUUGUUUGUAAAAAUUUUACAUGACAAUGCAAACUAUAAAUUGGAGGUUUUUUCUCUUACAUGGGAAUGUACUUUGGAACCCAGUUAAUAGGGCGACAAAGGGACACAGAGAAGUGUCUGUAUUAUCUGCGCAUCUUUAUUAAGUGGGCUGUUAGAAUAAACCUGACAGACACAGGUGUUAUUGAUGCAACUGGGACGAUUUGUAACUUAACUGUAACUUAAGUUCAAACUAAACUUAAGAAGCCUGUUUUUGGUAUGGACGUGGUGUCAUCAUUUCUAAAAUCAAAAACUAAAGAGUCACCGAAGUUAUUUUCCUCAUCAGGCAUAAGAGGUGGUAAAGUUACAUCUGUU